UCCCCCUCACUUCCUAAGUAUACCCAGGUGAGCCAUGCAGGGUGUGGUUCACAAAAAAAUCUUCUUCUCUUCACUCUGUCCGCUUCCUUCCUCCCACAAAGAAGACGGUUUAACUCCUGAACAGAGGACGCUCGCAUUUGGAUUUCCUUCUUUAAAAAGCAUCUAAAUCUUGAGCUGUUUGGAGCCAUGGGGGCACUGAAGUGUAUCAAAUACCUGGUGUUUGUGUUCAACUUUCUCUUCUGGCUGGCAGGUACUGCGGUGCUGGCUGUGGGCCUGUGGCUGCGUUUUGACUCCAGGACGGCGGCACUGUUUGAAGGAGAGGACUCACCUACAGUCUUCUUCACUGGUGUGUACAUCCUGGUUGCGGCGGGGGCUCUGAUGAUGGUCGUGGGUUUCCUGGGAUGCUGCGGUGCCAUUAAAGAGUCGCCGUGCAUGCUGGGAUUGUUCUUCUUCUUCCUGCUCGUCAUCUUCGCCGCGGAAGUGGCUGCCGGGAUCUGGGGCCUCUCCAACAAGGACAGGGUGGUGGAGGAAGUCACUGAGUUCUAUAAGCAGACCUACACCAACUAUAAAGACACCAAACAGGAAGCACUGAAGGAGACGCUGCGUCUCAUCCACUUUGGACUGGACUGCUGCGGCCCCACGGGGACGGUGAUCGACGCUGCCAAAGAUAUCUGCCCCAAGAAGGAGGGACUGGAGGUCCUCAUCACCACGAGCUGUCCGGCUGCCAUUGAUGAGGUGUUCAACAACAAAUUGCACAUUAUCGGCGGAGUCGGCAUCGGUAUCGGCGUCAUCAUGAUCUUCGGGAUGAUCUUCAGCAUGAUGCUCUGCUGUGCCAUUAAGAGGUCCCGGGACUUCGUCUGAACAAAACCCCACAAAAAAAA